AUGCGCACCGAAUACAUUCGUGCAUGCCCUCUUUGGCGGAACGAGGCUCCUCGAUAUGACUGUGUAUUUGUCAAUACAAAUCCAGAACUAGAGGGGAUGCAGGGGUUUGAUGUGGCGCGUGUUCUUUGCUUCUUUUCAUUUACUGUUAGAGGGACUACCUUUCCUUGCACAGUGAUCCGCUGGUUUGACACUGUUGGUGACUCUGCUGAUGAAGACACUGGUUUAUGGAUCGUUCGCCCAGGGUUUAAUCCCAACCGCUCCCCCAAUAUUUCCAUCAUCCAUGUCGACUCUAUUUAUCGCGCAGCUCAUUUAAUCCCUGUCUAUGGCGCACGUUUCAUCUCUCGCGACCUUAAGUUUCAUCAUUCCUAUGAUUCUUUCCGAUUUUACUACGUUAACAAAUACGCUGACCAUCAUGCAUUCGAGAUUGCUUUUUAG